GCUUUGUGGUGUCUGGCCUAGGCUUUGUGGUGUCUGGCCUAGGUAAGGAGGAGGGGAUGAAGUUGGUUUCCACCACAGCGAAGGUGCUGGCGGCCGCCUCAUCUGCUGCCUCGGCUCUGGCGUUUGAUGCUGGCAGUCGCAGAUUCGACAUCUGGGUGGGCGACAUGACCGAGAAGGAGGCGAGUGAGUUGCUCAAGAUGCACGAGCACGAGUCGGCCGCGGCAUCUAUCAUUGACAAUUGUGCUGUGGCAGGAAUCAAUCUGAGCGACAUCAAGGUCGAUAUCCACAAUAUGGCAGAAAAAGACGUGGUGAACUUCAUGAGUCUUACACUUGAUGGAAAGCAGGUGGGUCAGCAGAUUUUAAACGCACUGCUUCAGAGCGGAGGCAAAGCCGGGGAGUUGCAGAAGACGGCCCAGCGCGCCACCGACCCAACUGAAUGCGUGGCCGCAGCUUCGAGCUGUAAGGAGGAGGGGAUGAAGUUGGUUUCCACCACAGCGAAGGUGCUGGUGGCCGCCUCAUCUGCUGCCUCGGCUCUGGCGUUUGAUGCUGGCGGUCGCAGAUUCGACAUCUGGGUGGGCGACAUGACCGAGAAGGAGGCGAGUGAGUUGCUCAAGAUGCACGAGCACGAGUCGGCCGCGACAGCAAUCAUUGACAAUUGUGCUGUGGCAGGCAAAGCCGGGGAGUUGCAGAAGACGGCCCAGCGCGCCACCGACCCAACUGAAUGCGUGGCCGCAGCUUCGAGCUGCUUCGGGCUCGAGGUCUUGGGCGCGCUGCGUGGCCAAGAAGUGGCUGCGAGCGUACUCCCUGUAACUUGGCACGUGGCUAUGCCCCGCAUUGUAAGCCUUCGCGUCCUGAUAGUCUUCGCGGCACUCCAGCAGCUGCGCGGCCGUCACUCGGCUCCAGUCCACGCGGCGACGCAACGGCUCGGGAAGCUUCUGGUUCUGCGCCGCUGCUGGCUUCUUCUGCGUGCGCUGGCCUUGCUUUUGCUUCGCCUGUCCCCUGCUCGCCGCUGCCCCGGCGACCCCGUGGAAAUUCUGUCCAAGAAGGGCAUGCUGAGCCUGCACACCAUCACGCAGUCUGGCAAGGAAGCCUUGUUCUUGCCUGCGGGCUGGGCUUUUUGCGAGAAGGUGCUGGACUGCGCCACAGAUCUGUUUGGGUAUGUGUCCAGAGGCAUUGUCCAAGGAGAUCAGACUGGCCACCAGGCGGGAGUCGCGGCAGUGGCAGCGCCUACGAUCCCGCAGACACAGACGCAGGCGGCAGAGAUCAGCAAGAAUGGCGAAGGCGAAAGCAAAGCAGCAGCUGAGAAUCCUGGUGAGAGUGAGAAGCAGAAGAAAGCUCCGGCUCCAGCCUUUGCACCGGCGCCAGCAAAUCCUCCCAGUGCUGCUGAGUCCACGGCUGAGAAGGAGAAGAAGAUGAAAGCGCCGGCGCCAGCAGAGGAAGGGUCGGAGCCAGGAGAGGAAGCGCCGGCGCCAGCAGAGACGGACUUCACCCUGCUGCCAGAGCCCUUUCCGCAGAAGGCAUCCGCCCUCAGUGGCAGAGCGAAUCGCGGUGGAGGCAAAACCGGGGAGUUGCAGAAGACGGCCCAGCGCGCCACCGACCCAAUUGAAUGCGUGGCCGCAGCUUCGAGCUGCUUUGUGGUGUCUGGCCUAGGCCUUGCAUUCACGUAUGCCUCCUCGGACUUUCGCAUGAAGCGUAAGGAGGAGGGGAUGAAGUUGGUUUCCACCACAGCGAAGGACAUGUCGAGUGAUUCACGCUACGCCGCAACGGCACAUGUGCUGGUGGCCGCCUCAGCUGCUGCCUCGGCUCUGGCGUUUGAUGCUGGCGGUCGCAGAUUCGACAUCUGGGUGGGCGACAUGACCGAGAAGGAGGCGAGUGAGUUGCUCAAGAUGCACGAGCACGAGUCGGCCGCGACAGCAAUCAUUGACAAUUGUGGCCACCGCGCUGGUGAUUUGGUGGAUGCAUGCAGUAUGCUGAAGAGAGGAAUCAAUCUGAGCGACAUCAAGGUCGAUUUCCACAAUAUGGCAGAAAAAGACGUGGUGAACUUCAUGAGUCUUACACUUGAUGGAAAGCAGGUGGGUCAGCAGAUUUUAAACGCACUGCUUCAGAGCGGAGGCGCAGGCAUUAAGGCAGUCAUCAAUACUACCGCCUAUGAGCCACGCAAAAUUGCAAAGCUCAUUCGUGAUGAGAACGCGCAUGCCAUCAUAUGGCAUCCUACAGAGAAGCUUUACAGGUUUGCUUCAAGCUUGCACGCGACAAUCGCCAAACAGAAGAUGCCCUGA